AUGGCGGACGAAACCUUCGUGCUUCCAGAGAAUGUUGACUACCUUUUAAACCAAAUCGAAAGGAUCGUGCAAGAUGACUAUAUCCCGACAGACUCAGAUGCUAUAAGUUGUACAACACCACUGCCCGGCUGCGUGGAGGCUGCGUUCAACAUGGGCCAGCUCACUAUGCGAUUGACAGAUCCUGGCAACGCGACAGUCAGCCGGACAAAACUAUUUUCUCAACUCGAGACGGCAACAGCCGUCAUAUAUGUUUUCGAUCUAAACAGCUCAUUUAGCGAAGCCUUGAUUCAGUAUGAAUCAACCGUCAAUUCACAUUGGUUGAGAAAUUCAAGUAUCAUUGUCAUCUUCAACAAUCUCAAAGGAUUCGCCAAGAGACUCGCAGAAGCGCCACUAAGCGAUGGAUUCCCAGAUUAUGCAGUAAGAGAUGAUGCAAUAGGUGCAAUGAAUUAUAUUCUCUCCAGGAUCAAGCCUUUGACCCAGCCUGAUCUCCAGUUCUAUGCCCAUUUCACAAAUGGCGUGUAUGAUGAUGGGGACUUGUUGAAGAUAUGGCGAUGCAUCCAGGAUGGUAUCGUCGACCGUGCGUUGAAAUCUUUCUUGCCGAGAUAA